GUGCCUGCGCGUGAGUCAACGUUCGACAAAGAUCAGCAGGGGCCGCGUACUGUGUUUGUGGCCACCGAUUGGAAAAUUGCAGACUCAGAGUGAGCGUGCUGAUAAAUAAGCUCCAGCUGCUGCCCUCGGCCAGAGUCUGCACGAGCCCUGCCAUCGGCCGAGCCAUGCUGUCGCGCCUGUGCCGGCCGCUGGCCGGCGGCCGGCUGCGGCCGUGGAGCCGGCCCUUCUCUGCCCAGCUGCCGGCCGUCGACUCGCUGGUGCACGGCUUCCGCGUGGAGCGCGUGCAGGAGGUGCCAGAGCUGAGCGCCACGGCCGCGUGCCUGCGCCACGAGGCGAGCGGCGCGCAGUACCUGCACGUGGCGCGCGACGACGCCAACAACGUGUUUAGCGUGGGCUUCCAGACGACGCCGACGGACUCGAGCGGCGUGGCGCACAUCCUGGAGCACACGACGCUCUGCGGCAGCCACCGUUUCCCGGCGCGCGACCCCUUCUUCAAGAUGCUCAACCGCUCCCUGGCCACGUUCAUGAACGCGUUCACGGCCAGCGACUGGACCAUGUACCCGUUCAGCACGUGCAACGAGGCCGAUUACAUGAACCUGCUGGCUAUCUACCUGGACGCCGUGUUCAGCCCUCGUCUGGAGCGGCUGGACUUCCUGCAGGAGGGCUGGCGGCUCGAGCACGAAAACCCCGAAGACCCGGCCACGCCCAUCGUCUUCAAGGGCGUCGUGUACAACGAAAUGAAGGGCGCGCUGUCUGACCAGCACCGCGUGUUCGCCGAGCGGCUGCAGAACGCGCUGCUGCCGUCGCACACGUACCAGCACUGCUCGGGCGGCGACCCGCUGCGCAUCCCCGACCUGACCUGGGAGCAGCUGCGCCAGUUCCACGCCACGCACUACCACCCGCGCAACUGCCGCCUCUUCUCGUACGGCGACCUGCCGCUGGCGCCGCGUCUGCGCUUUAUCGACGAGCAGUACCUGCAGCGCGCGCCAGCGGCGGCCGCGUGCGACACGCGCGUGCCGCUGGAGCGGCGCUGGAGCGAGCCGCGCCGCGUGCACGUGGCGUGCCGCCACGACCCGAUGGCGCCGAGCCCCGAGCGCCAGGCGAGCGUGGCCGUCGGCUUCCUGGUGGGCGACGUGACGGACCGCUACGAGUCGCUGCUGAUGCUGAUUCUGUCCGAGCUGCUGGUGGGCGGCCCGUCGGCGCCCUUCUACCGCUCGCUGAUCGAGUCGGGUCUCGGCGCCGACUUCACGCCGUACGUCACCGGCUUCGACAACUCGUGCCGCGAGACGGCCUUCACCGUGGGCCUGCAGGGCGUGGCCGACGCCGACGCCGACAAGGUGGUGGAGGCUAUCGAGCGCACACUGCACGAAACCGCCGAGACCGGCUUCGAGCAGGAGCGCAUCGACGCCAUCCUGCACCGGAUCGAGCUCAGCCGCAAGCACCAGAGCCAGAACUUCGGCCUGGGCCUGGUGAUGCAGGCCGUGGCGCCCUGGUACCACGGCGCCGACCCGGCCGACACGCUGCGCCUGGACGACCUGCUGGCGCGGCUGCGCGCCGAGCUGGCCGCCGAGCCGCGCCUGCUGCAACAGCGGCUGGCGCGGCUGCUGCGAGACAACCCGCACCGCGUGGUGGCCGUCAUGACGCCGGAGGCGGGCCACGAGGCGGCCCUGCAGCGGCAGGAGGCGGAACUGCUGGAGCGAAAGGUGGCCGCGCUCACCGACGACGACCGCCGCCAGGUGCUCGAGGACGGCCGGCGUCUGUUGCAGAAGCAAGCGGACGGUGACGACGCGACCAGUCUGCCGAUUCUGGACGUGCGUCAGAUCGCGGACGCGACCGAGUGGCCGGCGCUGCGGCGCGAGAGCGUGUCCGGCGUGCCCGUCCAGCUGUCUGAGCAGCCGACCAACGGCGUCACCUACUUCCGCUGCGUGAUCGACACGUCCACCGUGCCGCCGUACUUCCGACCGCUGCUGCCGCUCUUCAGUCAGCUGCUGACGCGCAUGGGCACGCAGCGGCUUGACUACCGGCAGCAGGACCAGCAGGAGCAGCUGUGGACGGGCGGCCUGUCCGCCGCCGUCGCCGUCAGUGACGACCCGGUCGAGCCCGGCCGCUACGAGGAGGGCCUGGUGCUGCGCUCCUACUGCCUGCAGCAGAACGCCGGCCGUAUGUUCGCGCUCUGGCAGGACAUCUUCGCCGGCGUCGCGUUCGACAACGCCGAGCGGCUGCGCAGCCUGCUGCAGAUGAGCGCCGCCGAACUCGCCAACAGCGUGCCGGCCGCCGGCCACCAGUACGCCAUGGGCGUGGCAUCGGCCGACCUGAGCGCGGCGGCGCGUCUCCGCCAGCUGUACUCGGGCCUCGACCAGGUGCGCUUUACCAAGAAGCUGGUGGAGGACGGCGAACUCGACAUGCUCGUCACCAAGAUGAAGAUGCUGGCCGACAUGCUGCUGAUGAAGGAGGGCAUGCGCUGCGCACUCAAUGCCACCGCCGCCGGCCUACCUCCGGCGCUCGCCGGCCUCGACGAGCUGCUCUCGGGCGUGGUCGGCGCCGGCCGCGAGGAGAUUGGCGUGCGGCCGGACUUUGCGCCGUCCGGCGGCCAGACGUACGUGCAGCUGCCGCUGCCGGUGCACUACGCGGCGCGCUCGCUGCCCACCGUGCCGUACGCGCACCCCGACUACGCGGCGCUGCGCGUGCUGGCGCGCCUCCUCUCGCUCGGCCACCUGCACCGCGAGAUCCGCGAGAAGGGCGGCGCGUACGGCGGCGGCGCGAUCGCCUCGCCCGGCGGCCUGUGGUCGUUCUACAGCUACCGCGACCCCAACUCUCUGCGCACGCUCGACACGUUCGCCGCGGCGGCGGACGUGGCGCGCGACCACCCGUUCAGCGCCGAGGAUGUGGACGGCGCCAAGCUGGGCGUGUUCCAGGCGGUGGACGCGCCCGUGGUGCCGGCCGACCGCGGCAUGCGCACCUUCCUCAGCCGCAUCUCGGACGAGCAGUUCGACGAGCACCGGCGCCGCGUCAAGGCCGUCACGCGCGACGAUUUGCGCCGCGUGGGCGAGCUCUACCUGCGGCGGCCGGCCGUCACCGGCACCUGCAUCAUCGGCAAGCCGUGCGACGGCCUCGACGGCAGCUGGAAGGUGGCGCAGAGCUAG